AUCAAGUCCAUGGCUUGCGUUGCAGUAACUUCUUUGAUGCGAACAAUAGAGCUUGAGUUCCUGCAAUCCAAUCCACGUCUGAUGUUCCAGGACAGACAACAUAUCAAGUCUCUCCACGAAAAGCUUGGUCUUUUGCAGAUGUUUCUUGACGAAUCUGACAAGAAAGCCGACUAUAAUGAGGAGCUGAAUGAGGUGACAGCAAAAAUUAGAGAAGUAGCAGAGAAAGCAGAAUAUAACAUUGAAGCAGAGCUAAUAGAGGAGAUUAUUCAUGAUGAGACAGUUGAUCAGACCUUAUGGCGAGUACUUGAAGACGUUGAACAGCUGAUGGAGAUGACUAAGAAUGCACACCAGAUUCAUCUUGCUAAAGAUUUGCAAAUUCUACAUCUAGGGAGUCCAUCAUCUGGUGGUCAAUCACCCUUGAAACGUACUCCAAAACUUGAGGACACAAUAAUGGUAGGACACGCCGAAGAAUUCGAGGAAUUUAAGGAUCAGCUCCUUCGGUCCUCGAAAGAGCAACGACAAGUUAUGGCGCUUGUCGGCAUGGGAGGUAUUGGCAAGACAACAUUUGCAAGGAGAAUUUAUGAUGAGUCUGGUGUUAAGUCUUAUUUUGACUGUUGUGGUUGGGCAACCAUGUCUCAAGAUCUGAAUAAGAGGCAAGUGCUCCUUGAUCUUUGUUGUUCUGUCAUGCCAAUGCGCGAUGACCUUUACACACAGAACAGUGAUGAGCUAGCUGAACAACUGCAGAAAAGUCUAAAGGGACGGAGAUAUCUCAUUGUGGUGGAUGACAUAUGGAGCACUGAAGCCUGGGAUAAUGUCCAAAGAUGUUUUCCGGAGAACGACACUAGCAGCCGAAUAUUAUUGACUACUAGACUCCAAGAGGUAGCUAGCUAUGCUUGUUCCAGUAAGUCAUUUAAUUAUGACAUGCGAUUUUUAAACUCUGAUGAAAGUUGGAAUUUAUUUUGUCAAAAACUUUUGACAAAAGAAUGUUUGCACAAAGAAUUUGAAACGAUUGGGAGGAAGAUUGUUGAGAAUUGUAGAGGAUUACCACUUACAGUUGCGGUGCUAGCAGGGCAUCUAUCCGCCAAUAUGGCAGUAGAUGAGUGGAAGAGUGUUGAAUCAACCUUAAACUCAUUAGUGAAUGUUAAUCUGCCUGAACGAUUUUCCAGAAUACUGAGUUUGAGUUACAACAACUUGCCUUGCCAUUUGAAGAGUUGUUUUCUAUAUUUAGGAGGUUUUCCUGAAGAUAGUGAGAUUGAAAUUAAGAAAGUGGUUAGAUUAUGGAUUGCUGAGGGAUUCAUAAAAGAAGUGAGUGAAAAGACGGUAGAAGAAUCAGGUGAAGAAUAUUUGGAGGAUCUUAUGAAUAGAAGCCUGAUUAUGAAAAGUGGGAGAAGCAGUAAUAGUGGCAAAGUUGAAACAUGUAUGAUGCAUGAUCUAUUACAUGACCUGUGUUCAAGCAAGGCUAAAAAAGAGAAACUUCUGUGCACCAGAGAUGGCAUUGAACUUCAUCAUCAUCAUCAUCAUCAUCAUCAUCGUAACGUUGUUCAUUCUGAUGGAAAUCGUUGGUUAAGUCUUAAAAUAACAUAUGAAUUUAAUCAGUUUAGCAUUGCUUUGAACAAAUCCCGCUCCAUUUUAUGCUUUGAUAUGCGUGUACGGGAUCAUCUUGAUUGGUAUUUAAUUUCGCUAGCCAAUAAUGCUAAGCUGACAGCCAACUCAUUUAAGAUGUUAAGAGUGCUGGACUUAACUUUACUUGACUACAAAGGAAGUUUACCUUCAUCAGAUAUUAUAGACGAUGUAGUUCUUCUCAGAUAUCUAGCUUUAGCCUCAAACUGGCUGCUCACCUCCAUACCAGUGAGCAGGAAUAGGAAUCUGCAAACACUUGUUAUCUGUGGAGGUAUCAAUGGUGUCCAUAUGCUACCUGAUGGAAUAUGGGAGUUGCCACAAUUAAGGCACCUUGACUUAUACCAUCAGCUCCCAUUGUAUACACCAAAAGUGGUUCAACUAAAUCUACAGACAGUGUAUUGGUUGAAGAGCUUUCAGUGCACAAAGCAAGUGUUUUUGAGGAUUCCAAAUGUUAAAGAGUUGGGAAUAAUCGCCCGAGGAUGCAGAUCCCACCGUUGUUUAGAUAGUCUUAACUGCUUAAAAAAACUGGAGAAGCUAAAAGUUCAGGGCACCUAUUGUCCCAUAAAACUGAGGCCUUAUACUACUUUUCCACAAAACCUCAAGGAGAUUAGCUUUGCAAAAACUCUCAUGCCCUGGGAAGCUAUGAAUGUUAUGAGUAUGCUGCCCAAGCUUGAGGUGCUAAAACUCAAGAAUCAUGCCUGUGUGGGACAAAACUGGAAACUAAGUGUAGAGAGGGGGUUCCCUGAAUUGAAGCUUUUGCUAAUUUCUGAUAUGGAUUUGAAGCAUUGGGAGGUGGCGGAUGAUGUUGAUGAUCAUCCUUUCCCAAAGCUUGAGCGCUUGGUAUUGAGAAAUUGCUUUGAGUUGAAAGAGAUGCCAAGUUGGAUUGAAAACCUUUGUGAUAAUCUGAAGUCAGUUCAGUUGAAGCAUUGCCAUGCUUCCCUUGUGAAUUCUGCCAGGAAGAUUGAAGAAGAGCAGCGUGACUGCUACGGUGAAGAAUAUGGAUUUCAGAUUCUUGAAUUCCACACUCAAUCAGAGGACCUCCCUGAAAAAGAUGAGGAUGAAAAGAAUAGCCAGAAUGAUGAGGAGAUGGAAGAGGAUGAGAAGAGUAUAAAUGAUGCAGAAGGGAUUGAAGGAAAGCAACAAGAGAUCGAUGAAGCCUUUGAUGAGGAGCAAAAGUACGAGGAAGACCUGACACGAGGUAUAGUUUGCGUUGUGCAAAGUGUACGGAUAGAAGCAAGAAGCCUCGGGAUUGCAUGGGGGGAUGAUCCCAGCUAUUGGACUUGGACUCGGAACUCCGGAUACGAAGUUGCAGAGCUUUUACGAGUGUGGUGGCUUGACAUCCGUGGAACGGUGGACACCAGGCGCUUACACAAGAUGACUUGUUACUCCGCAUACCUCCUCUACAAGAUUAAACCCAGGCAUUAUGGGAUCGACCUGGCACGAUCAUCGUUGAGAUAUGUGAAUGACAAUAACACUAACAGUGAGAACCAAGUAGUUUUAGCAGGGAUGAGGUCCCAUGUAGACUCCGAUGAUGAUGAAUGGAUGGAGAUUAUGCUCGGAGAGUUUAAUGUCUGCAAUGGAAAUGAAGGUGUUGUUGAUAUUCGACUGUGGAAUACUGAGAGUAACGAGAAGUCGGGACUCGUCAUUAAGGCCAUUGAGGUUCGGCCAAAAUAACAGUACAGUGGGAUUUUUUUUUUAUUUUAUUUUUUUG